CCAACUCUUUUCCUCUCUUCUUAUAUCUAUGUACUACUCUCAUAAAAGCUCUCAAGUAAAACUGGGUUAUGAGAGCACUAAACAACAGCCUGAUUAGUAUUAUUUAGCUAUAUAUUUCGAUUUGUAAAGUAUUAAUUACUCAAAGUAUUACUUCAAAUAUGUAUUUUCAUUGAAUACUCGGCUAUAUUCAGCAGAGAAACUCAUUGGAGAAAGAAAGGUCUCAUUUUAGCAGUAUAAUGAUAUCUCAAUUUUUACAUUAAAUACAACUGUUCAACUCUUCUACAAAAGCCUUAUCUGUGUAACAAUACCUUUUUGUUACGCCUAUUAAGCCACACGUAUUUGAGAUUCAUAAACUCAAACAAGCAUUUAUUAAAAUUUUCGAAAAUGUCGUGCAAGAUUUUCAAAUCUUCUUCCUCGUACUCUUCCAAGAUAUUGUCAAAUUUAUACGAUCUCUGGCAGUCAGAGACAUUUUUCGGGGACGGGGUUGAAAUUUGCUGUGAGGGGAAAGUCUUUAAGGCGCAUCGCAGUGUUCUUGCCUCAAGUAGUACGUAUUUCCGAGCCAUGUUCACAGUGGGAAUGGCUGAAAAAGAAAUGCAACAAAUUGAACUAAGAAACAUGUCUUCCGCAACAUUUUCUAAUCUACUGAACUUUAUUUAUACAGGUGAAAUAUGCCUUGCAGCGACAACUGUUCAAGAAGUUUUAUCAGCAGCGGAUAUGAUUGGCCUUUCUGAAGUAGUAGAGUCUUGCACAGAUUAUCUUAAGAAUGAGCUUCACCCCACAAAUUCAAUUGGAAUUUUUCGAUUUGCAGAAAGUCUACAAUUGGCUGCAUUGUCCAAUUUUGCCUUGUCUUAUAUUUAUCGCCAUUUCCCUGAAGUUUGUGAACAAGAAGAAUUUUUUGAAGCACCAAAAAACGUAGUAUUACAAUUUAUCGAGAGUGAGGAGCUGACAAUUGACUCAGAGUUUCAGAUCCUGUCUGCAGCAGUCAAGUGGCUUAUUUAUGACUUACAAGAUCGAAAACAUCAUGUAUUUGAGAUUCUUAGCAAAGUCCGUUUGCCUUUGAUUCCGUCAACACUUUUGCAAACCUUCACGGAAAAACAAACCGACCCUAGUUUACAAUGCGCUCUUCGAUGCCUACAAAAAGAUUUAUCAGGAAAACGUGGAUAUUUAGUUACUCUGACGGCGCAGCCCCGUCGUAAUGCAAAAAAACAUGUAUACGUCAUUGGAGGUUCGCAAAGGGCUUUAGGGUCAGGGUGGAAGCAACUUUCCGAGACGACGCUGGACAGUGUUAUCUGCUUGGACACCUUCCAAAAAACAUGGACCACAAUGUCCCCGAUGGAUAUCGAAAGAAUUCUGCCUGGCGUUGCUGCCUUAGAAGGAUUAAUUUAUGUCGUUGGUGGUGAACAAGAAUCCAAAAUCUUGGCCAAUGGCGAGGUUUACAAUCCUCAAGAAGAUUCAUGGACACCAAUCGAACCAAUGGUGGUUCCGAGAUGCGCUUUUGGCUUAAGUGGUUUUGAAAACCAUUUGUAUGCCUUUGGUGGAUGGGUAGGAGAGGAUAUCGGAGGAAGUAUUGAACGCUACGAUCCACAGUCUAACGAAUGGAAAUUAAUUGGAAACAUGGAAGAGCCAAAGUUUAGCAUGGGAAUAUGCACGCACGAGGGAUUAAUUUACGUAGUCGGGGGUUGUACUCACCAAACCAGGCACUUGAAAGAAUUGUUGUCUUACAACCCAGUAACAUCUGAAUGGGAAAUGCUGAGCCCAAUGAAAGUUCCUCGUUCGCAAAUGGGAUUGACCGUACUCGAUGGACAUUUAUAUUCAAUUGGGGGAAGUAGUAAGCAUGCAGAAGUGUUGAGGUCUGUUGAAAAGUACAUAUUUGAAGAAGAUAAAUGGGUCGAAGUUGCUAGUCUAAAAUUUCCACGAGCAAAUCCAGCAGUGGGUUCUGUGGAUGGGAAAAUCUAUGUCAUCGGAGGAGACAAACAAUUAGAACAUAACUUCUUCAGGGCGCAGGUAACGCUCGCCUCUGUUGAAGUGUACGACCCACUGUCGGAUACUUGGGAAGAAUGUCAAAAUCUAAAUCUUCCAGAAUCAAGAAGUGAAGCUGGCUAUGUCGUCAUAUGAGUGGAUAUCAAGUGCUACUAUUGUUCUAAUCAUUUUGACAAGCUUAUGUGCUUUAUACAUGCAUGUAUGUGCAAACCAAAUGGAUAUUCAUCGUCCGAGAAAUAAAACCAAAUAUACGCCUAUA